ACAGUGGCGGGAGCUGAAAUAAAUCCGCAAGGUAAACACUACCAUCCAUGCUGCGGAGCGAAGUUACUAAUGUCACUUGGUUCCUUGUGUAGACAUGAGCAAGUUAAGGUCUGUAGUGAGCAAAGGGAAGGGAGUCGGACAGGAGAUGGUAGAAAAAGCAAAACCCAAGAGGAAGAAGUCAGCUCCUGCAGUGAAAGAAGAGAAAAACACAAACGCCACAUCACUGCCCACAUACCAUACUUUCCCUGAUCCUGCUGAUGUUGUCCGGCUGCGCUCUGACCUCCUCAACUGGUACGACAAAGAGAAGAGAGAGCUGCCAUGGAGGACUCUGGCUAUAACAGAAUCUGACCUCAACAUCAGGACAUAUGCAGUCUGGGUUUCAGAAAUCAUGCUGCAGCAGACCCAAGUUGCAACAGUAAUAGACUAUUACAACAAAUGGAUGAAGCGGUGGCCCACUGUGCAGGAUCUAGCAGCUGCUACACUGGAGGAAGUGAACCAGAUGUGGGCAGGCCUUGGUUAUUAUUCUAGAGGGAAACGACUGCAUGAAGGAUCUCAGAAGGUGGUGUCAGCGCUAAAGGGACACAUGCCUCACACAGUUGACAGCCUGCUGAAACAGCUUCCUGGAGUGGGACGCUACACUGCUGCAGCUAUCGGCUCCAUCGCUUUGGGCCAGGUUACUGGAACUGUGGAUGGCAAUGUGAUUCGGGUGCUGUGUCGCCUGAGGGCCAUCGGAGCUGACAGCACAAGUCCUGCAGUAACAGAGGCACUCUGGAGUAUAGCUAACAAACUAGUGGAUCCUGACAGACCUGGAGACUUUAACCAGGCCAUGAUGGAGCUGGGUGCACGAGUCUGCACCCCGAAAGGACCUCUGUGCAGCCAGUGUCCCAUACAGACUCACUGCCACUCCUACAGCAAGGUGCACAUCAAACAAGAAAAAAACUCCCAGAAGCUGUUGGGGAAGCUUGACAGGAAGCCGUCCACCCUGCCUGAUAUAGAAGACUGUAUAAAUAGUGGGACAUGUACGCUGUGUCCCUCUGAGCCCUGGAACGAUGAGUUGGGUGUUCAGAACUUCCCCAGGAAGCCGGCAAAGAAGCCGCCUCGUGUUGAGCGAACUCUGACCUGUGUGGUGAUCAGAGCAGGAGAGGGGGGAGAGGACGAGUAUCUGCUCACACAGAGACCAAAUAAAGGUUUGCUAGCAGGCUUGUGGGAGUUCCCAAGUCUUCUGCUGGAGGAGAAAAACUCUGAUGUGAAACAGAAGAGGGCGCUGUGUGCUGAGAUCAGCAGGAUACUGGGAACUAAGUUGACUGAAAGCCUCCUCCAGUAUGUGGGAGAGGUGGUCCACAUCUUCUCCCACAUCCACCAGACCUACAUGGUUCACAGCGUAUGUUUGAGGGACAGUGAUGCACAAAUGCAGAAUGAAAAUGCACAAUGGCUUACCAGAACGGCUCUGCAGGAAGCCGCCGUGUCCACAGGAGUGAAAAAGAUUGUGAAGCUUUGUGAUUCUGUAGUUGGCGCCAAAGAACAAACCUCCAAGGAUGGAAAAAGGAAAAAGCUCACUGAUAAGAAGAACGACAAGAAACAACCAACCCCCAAAAAACCCAAACUGGAUGCAGCUAAAGGGGGCAGCAAACAGCUCUCCCUCAACUCCUUCUUUAAGACAGUAAAAGAGGAAUCAGAUUGAUGCAUGGGAGUGUCCAUCAUCGUGCCUUUUCAUACAUAGGUGCCUAUUUUGCCCCAUGAAGGUAUUACUUUAGUGCCACAUUUCCAUUACUCUGAAAAAAAGUUUGUUUACAAUGACAAUUUAUGUCAUGAUAUUCCUGUAGAGCACUUGGAAGUGUUAGAAACCUAUAGUUGAUCAUGUAGUUGAUAUUUUAUGAGUAGUUCUAGAAUAAAGUCACUUAUCUUUUUAUGUCAAAUCUAUACAUGCUUUUAAACUGAGUGUAAGAUAAAUAUAUUGUUUAUUAUCACAAAAAAAUGUUCUACUGGUUGGCAAGAAAGUCACUGUGUGAUAAAGCUCUGAAACCAUGUUA